AAUAUAAAAAUAAUUACUAGUAUACACAAAGUCCUUCACAAUACAACAUAAUUGCCUUCCCAGUUGGCAAUUACAACAAGCAAGUUAUGUUGAAAAUUUAAUUAAUACACCGUCUACUUAAACAAACUACAUGCUUGCUGUGUGAUCCAGGAGCUACGGUCUAAAUUUUGCUUUAAAAUUGUAAAUUUUGGACGACUUUUCAAAGCUUUCCGGAGUUCAAGCCAGACUUCACAAGACAUAUGGAGAAUCAACUUCAUGCCCGAGAUAGAGUCGGAGUUCAAGACUUCGUGCUGUUGGAAGAUUUCAAAAGUCAAGAAGCUUUUUUAGAGAAUUUACGAAAACGAUACCAGGCUGAUUUAAUAUAUGUAAGUAUUUAUAGAAAUAAUGUAGUGAAAUUUUGCAACCUGAUCCAGUUUAGGCAGGAAUUUUUACAGUAAAUACUUGCUAACGAUUUAAUAAUAAUGUCAAACUCUUGUAAAGACAAAGACACAGCUAAGUUUAUCGCUUUCGUUUUAGCCAUUCAGUCGAUUCGUGGAUAUAUAAAAAGUAUAUAUAAAUAUAAUUAUCAGAUAUGAAUUUAAGAUGAAAGGAAGGCAUUUUAAUAGCCUUUGUAACAAACUCUGUUUUGAAAUUGUCAACAGAAUGAUCUAACAAGUUAAUUUGCGAAUAUAUCGCAUACUUGAGCUUGUUGAUGAAAUAACUAAUUAAGCACGUAAAUAUUAUAAUCCCUACGACAUUGUGGCAUUUAAUUUGCAACAUUUCAGGGAUAUAUCCAUAGAUAUUUACCUUCCAUUUUUAUGCGCCGAUACCCCGUUGUGAAACUAUAAAACUUCAAUAAUAAUAUUGAAUUCUUGCUAUUCUUAGACCUAUAUUGGAAAUGUGGUUAUAUCGGUGAACCCCUACAAGAAUUUGAAAAUAUACACAAGCGAAACAAUCGAGCAAUAUAGAGGGGUUAAUUUGUACGAAUUACCUCCCCAUGUGUAAGUAAAUACAUGUAUUUUUACAUGUAAAAGUGUUUACUUUUUGCGAUUUGCUACUCCUAUUAUUAUUCAAAGCGUUUGUGUGCGGUUGGAUUAUAAUAUCAAAUUAGAAAACUGUUUGAUCUGCUAAGCUGAAAACCUAAUCUCUUUGUUUAAUAUACACGUAGGACUACUGCAUAUAAUGAAAACAAUUAUUUUCGACUACAUCCAUUAGAGUGUAACUCCCUGAGUUUGACAGAGACUUUUUGGCAAGAAAUAGUGAUCAUUUUUGGCAAUGUUUUUGAAUGGGAAAUUCAAUAGGGGCGUAGCUUUCGGUAUGCCUACUUAGGGGUAUUCAAUAAAUAAUCUCAUCAUCUGUAUUAUGUGUGUGGGUGGGUGUAUUAAGAUUAUUAAUUUGUUAAAUGAAAGCGAAUGUUGACAGGAGCAUAUUAAAUACCAGAACGAUGUUAGAUAUUAUUAACUAAGUGCAUUAUAUUUUAUGAAUAUGGUGUCUUUAAAACGGCAACAAACUGCACAUUCGCUGAACAGCUUGACAGUCUCUCUAAAAGGUUAAUAUGCUUAAUUGGUAUUUAUAGACAGAGGGUAAUAUUGUAAAGAAGUGAUGUUUUCCAGGGGGAAUGCCCGUACCCCACCUUUUUUACCAUGGGAACGGUAUCCCCCUGCCGAAAUCAAACAUGGGGUUCAGUGAAGUAAAGUGAAUGCCGUUCGACACCGUCCAAAUAAUUUUGGUUAUUAAUCAUUUGUUCUACAUAUGUGUUAUUUUUGGCAAUAAUUGCUCGGCAUCCUACCUGGAAAUACUUCGGAACGUAAUUUUGUCACUAUUUUAAUCUCCCUGAAACUUGAUAUACUUGCAGAAAAUACUAGCAGACUAGCACAAAAAUAGCAGAGUCUUAAAUAUUUUUGACAAGUAAGUCUAUUAGACUAAACCUAAACCUAAUUUCAUGGCAUUGGCCACGCCCAAUCAAGUGACCAUGCCCAUUUGAUUUUCAAGAGCGCGCCCCCCUUCUAAAAUUAGCAAAACAUUGCUGUGGUAAAGUGGGCUGCUUGUUAACCCAUCGAGUGGCUACACUUUUCCCAUGAUGAGAAAAAAUUAUCUGGGGCUAGACAGAUCAAAUAACAGAGUAGAUAUGCCACUUAAAGGGUUAAUAGGAUAUAUGGGUAGAUCAUUGCAUUAGGCAGAAUGAAAUGAUGAAGUGGGGUGCAUUAGGGUGCAUUACUGCUUGAUCAGGGGCAGAUCUAGGCUCAUCUGCUCAUUCUUUUAUAUUUUACAUUAUCUUAUGUUGAUAAAGUUUGUAUUGGCUUUUGAUAAGUUAUAGCCUGCGCUAUUUAGGGGGGAGGGCGAGGGUGGGAGAAGCUGGGGGGGGGGGGUAUGCAAAGGCGAGAGAAAGAGAGCGAAGAAAAAUGGGAGGGGCGAGAAAGAAAUAGCUAUUUCAUUCUCGCCCCUUCCAUUUUUCCUCGCUGUCUUUCUCUCGCCUUCGCAUUCCCCCUAGCUUUUCCCACCCUCGCUCUCCCCCUAAAUAGCGCCUGCUACGCAGGCUAGAUAAGUUAUGCUUGAUUGGACAGUUGCUGUAGCACAGUAACGUGAAUUUGCUUGUUAAAGUACAGAAUAUUUGAAAAUAUGGCUGUAUAACAACCUCGACAUGUUUACAUGUUUAUUAAGUAACCAUGAUAUUUAACUAAAAGCUUUCUGAGUCUUUUUUUGUGAGCACACAAAUCAAUUAAAUUGUUUCAAGAAAUCGACACGUGCUAACACUAGAAGUUCCACCAAUCGCUAUUUGAAAAACAGAAAAUGUAUGGUCAAGCUGAUUUUUUUAGGGUGGUGCUGGACUUCUCCAUGGGGGGGGGGGCUGCUAGACAUUACUAAUGUCACACAUCACCAGCACUUGUGGUGUCAAUACUGUCAUGGUCACCACACUUCCCAUUAAAGUUGGGAGACCUACGUUCAAUCCUUGGUCAGACCUGUCCUGACUGAAGGUCUUGAAAUAAUUGAGGAGAAAGUGCUACCUUUACCGCAUUGACAUUAAACUUUUGCAUCUUCUUUGAUAGGGAUGUCAAAAUCCUAUAUAUGGCCAUGGUGUACCUCAGAUCCCCUAUCAAUUGGGCAAUAAUAGCUUGUUGGGAAAUCUGUUCACCAAUGAGUGAGGAACUAAAAAUUAUAUAGUGCUUUUAAAAUAAUUCCACAUCUCCCCUUUUUAAAAAGCAUUACAAAUAAGUAGACAUGGUUAUUAUAAUUAGCAAAUGUCUAGACCUCGAGACCCCUAUCCUGUGGUUUAGACAAUUACAUACCAACAUUCUAAAUCCUCAAAAAAACGUAUGAAUAAUUCGAAGCAAAUUAUUUAUAUUUCCUAUAUUGGACUUAACUUUCGCUUUAUAAUUUCACAUCUCUUUAAAUACCAGUAUUAGUUAAUAUAAUCAAGAAAACGUAUUCAGCUUUUUCAACCAAAAAAGGUAUUGGUACAAUGCUUUGAUAUUGCUGGCUUUCCUGCUUAAUGUAUAUAUAUAUGGACAGAAAAAUACAGUGCAUAUUAUAAUUAAAUGCACAAGUCGAUUAGUGGGUGGGUGGGUGGGAAAGGCACUUGAAAUAUUGGCCCGGUUUUUAUGUUACAUUAACAUACGAAUAUUUAUGUGAAGAAUGCCCAGACAGCUUGCAGAUCGAAAGAGUUACAACAGCCUAAAAAUAUAAAGCAAAACUCCGACGGGAGGUUUUUCGAUCAAUUCUUGUUCAAAGUUGCUUGCAACAAAAUUAAAAAUUGUCUGAAAUUGCCCACAAUAUCACACUUCAGAGCCAAUGAACGAGAUUUAGACCGUAUAGUGGUUGCUCGGAAGAUUCCUACGGGAAUCGAGUUCUCCCUGUUGAAAAGCUGGCAUUAGUAUAGCUCAGUAUAGAACUUGUGAAGGAAAACUUGUCGUUAUCCAGUUACGGGAAAACGUGCUUUUCUGUGCAGGGGUGGGCUGUAGCCGGAUCUCGGAUUUGGCAGAAUAUCAGGUCGGCAAAAUUUAGCCUUUCGUUUCCCAUGUCGGUAAAUUCACGCUGUCCAAAAAAUGUUCCUUUUGUAAUAUUGCCGACAUUUCCUGACUUAAAAUGAUUGGGGGAUGAUAAAUUGCUGCCGGACUAAUCGUCGUAGCGUGUGAUUUGCUAUUGAGUAUUGUCUUUUUUAAACUGAUUUAUCAUAAUUAUAAGAAAUUAUGAAGGAAUUAUAUCAUAAAUGUUCCUGAAAAUUUAAACAUAUACGCGCGAAGGCAAAGUACAGUAAUUUGUCUUGUGAGACAAUGCCAAGGCCCAAGGGUAUAAGUAUAUAUACGUUUCAUCUGUUUUCAUACAGAACUGAGCACAGACAAAUUUAGCCGGGCCAGAAAUGUUAGACUUCAAUACAUCUUUUACAACUUUUACAAAUUAAAUACACACAAAAUAACUUUUACAAAUUAAAUACACCACAGGCCGACAGUGUCUGCGGAUUCUUUGAGGACCUUUGAGCUGUCUUUAUUGGUGUGUUUCGGUAAAUGUCACGUGACAACUGAUUUCAAAAGCCCCUCAAACUAAGCUCUCGGUUUUAUAUAUUUCCCACCAAAUACAAGGGUUCUAUACGUAUAAACACCGCUUGAUCCAUAGAGAUUAUAAAAGAACAAAGCGGGCAUUGCUGCAGGGACAAUUAUAGGGACAAAUAGAUGAUUCCAUGCAGCUAUAGACUGAAUUUUGAUCUAGGCAAGAAGAACAAAAUCCAUCACCACAGCUAGAAAGAGCAUGUUAAAAUUAGUAAAAUUGCAAAGUUUGGUUGCGAAAUAGCCCUACGAAAUUUGCAAAUUUUGUAUUAAUUUUUUUUCGCACAGGAAAAUGCACCACUUUCGGCCCAAAUGUGGUGCAUUUUCCCGUGCGUAAUACAAAUUAAUACAACAUUUGCAAAUUUCGCAGGGCUAUAUUUUCCGCAUUUCACAACAUUUCGCAACCAAACUUUGCAUUUUACUAAUUUUAACAUGCUCUUUCUAGCUGUAGUGAUGGAUUUUCUUUUUCUUGCCUAAAUCAAGAUUUAGUCUAUAUAGCUAGAAUCAUCAAAUGAAGCUUGCUAUAUAAUGGGGGCAAAUUUUAGUUACACCCGGAUGUAAAACCCAGAAAACCCAAUUUUUUUAACUCAAACUGGCAUCUUUGGAUUUCAAUAUCGGAAUGUUCACCACUACAUGCAAAAUGUAGUCAUUAACUUAAUUGGUGGGUGGGAAAAACAAUUGCAAUUAAUUCCCACGAUAAAACUAACAAAGAGGGACUUUCAUAUCUAGGUACAGUAUAUUCCGACAUUCCAUUAAAUAUAAUUAUGUAACGACAAGUGGAAACACUUUAUUUUUCUUGCACGAUAUAUACAGUCGAAUAAGGAAAUGUUUGAGGAUUUAUGUCCUUCGCCUGUAUUCUAGAACAACCUUGUUAGAACAACCUUGUAACAAGUCUGAUAAUGCCAUGAAGAAGGUUGUUAACAGCUUGUUCCAAACUUGUUUAGUGUUACAACAACGGGGAACAAGCAGUGCGAACACAACUUGUCGACAACUCGUUGACUUGUUGUUUCAUGCAGACCUGUAACAACUUGUGCGUUUUUACGUAACAAAAAACCUCACAACUUGUCAACAAGAUGUGUUCGCACUGCUUGUUCCCAGUUGUUGACAAGUGUGGAACAAGUUGUUAUCAUCUUGUAACAAGCUAGGUUGAUGAGGUCAACAGACUCGCAACAAGUUGUUCCAACAAGUCUGGUAUCGUCUGCACGUAACAAGUUGCUAACCAGUUGAUGACGACAGGCUCGUAGUAACUUGUUGCGAACAGCCUAUAUUGGUCUUGUUGGAACAACUUGUAGCAAGUCUGUUACCGUCAUCAAUUUUGUAACAAGGUGAUAACAACUUGUUCCGGACUUGUCACAACAACUGGGAACAAGCAGUGCGAACACAUCCUGAUAUCGGCUUCACAACAACUUUGUUACAACUUGUUUUUGCAGAUAUGUAACAACUUGCGCAUUUUUACGUGUGUAACUUUCGUACAUUUUCAAUUCAGUAUAGUUCUUAUUCUUAAAUACCGUUUUGUUAUCUUGCUCGGAGGUAUGAAAAAGUACUUUCGCAUAAUUCUGUACUGCAGAAAUGAACGAAAAAUUAUUUUUUAAGAGAUUCAUUUGAAAAAUUUCAGUUACGCGAUAUCAGAUGCUGCGUACCAUUCAAUGAAAGAAGAGCGGAUUGACCAAUGUGUUUUGAUCUCCGGUGAAUCUGGCUCGGGAAAAACUGGUAAAUCUAUUAUUCUCUUUCGUAUAUUCCUUCAAAUCUUUGUAUAUACAAUUAUGCUCAAUCAAGCUGUGUGAUUUUAUAGAAGCGUCAAAGAAAAUUCUUCAAUAUUUGGCAGCCAUCAGUCCUUACUCUUCAGAAGUUGGACGAGUCAAAGAUAAACUGUUGAAGUCUAACCCACUUUUAGAGGCAAGUGUAUAUUAUAUAUUAAUAACAUUAAGAAUUUAAGCGCUUUCAUUGGUCGAGAGAGCCAUUAUCUAUUAGAGGACAGACGCACGGAAUGACGUCACAAUUAAGGUAGCCAAUAGCAUGGUUACAAGGUUGACUGUAUCGGACUUGUUGUAACAACCUUGCAACAAGUCUGAUAAUAUCAAUUGUUACAAGUUGUUAACAGUUUGUUCCAAACUUGUUGAGAACUUGGGACAAGCAGUGCGAACACAACUUGUUGACAGACUUGCUACAAGAUGUACACUUUUGCGUGUGUAUAAAUCAACAUACAACUCGCUACGUUGUUGUACAGGUGAGUUGUGUGUUUGAUUUACAUAGUACCAGGGUGUUAGCUAGCUAGCCCAUAUAUAUACUGUCCGUUUGACGGACUCUUCCCAAUGGACCUUUCACCUUUUGACCACAAUUUAGAUUUCAACAAGUCUAGAGAAAAAUUUUAUCACAGCUUGAAAGAGCAUCACAAAAUUAGUAAUAUUCCAAAGUUUCGUUGCGAAAUGUUGUAAAAUGCGGAUAAGAUAGCCUUGCGAAGUAUGCCAUUUUCAGUCAUUUUGUAUUACGCGCGGGAAAUACAUACCUCCUUCGGAAAAAGGGUAUGUAUUUCCCGUUUGUAAUCUAAAAUGACUGAAAAUUGCAAACUUCGCAAGGCUAUAUUAUCCGCAUUUUACAACAUUUCGCAACGAAACUUCGGAAUAUUACUAAUUUUGUGAUGCUCUUUCAAGCUGUGAUAAAAUUUUUCUCUAGACUUGUUGAAAUCUAAAUUUUAGUCAAAAGGUGAAAGGUCCAUUGAAGUAUAGCUAAGGGGCUUUCCCAACUGGGUCUACUGGAAGAUUUUCAUUUUUUCUGACGAGAAAGUGCAUUGCGUUUGAUUUUAUAUUAUUAUAUCAAAGAACGUUUUAUUUACUUUUUCCCAUUAACUAUUUUCUCAAAAUGUAUCGCGUUUCAUUCAUAUUGGGUAUGUAUUCACCGAAAUGAAAUGUAAAAAACAAAGUGUAAUCGGUGUGUGCAUCUGUGUUCAUUCACCGGAAAUGAAAUGUAAAAAACCAAGCUACCAUUGUUUGCAUCUAAGAGAAACACGUUGGAAAAAAACACUAUCUAUUCCAACACAAGGACUUUGAUCGGUCAAAAAGACUUUCCCAAUUUACGUUUAACGGACAAAACGUUUUCUUUCUGGCUAACACCCUGCGUACAUUUCAAGUUGCAUGCAACAGUUUUAGACAAAAGUUUUGUCGUUUAAAUCGGCCUUCUGCUUGAAAAGCGCAACUGUCAUCGUCAUACCACAAUACAGAUAUUCCACUGUACUUCAUGUAUAAAGUGUCUUUUGCGUUUUGAACAGGCGUUUGGAAAUGCUAAGACGAACAAAAAUGAUAAUUCCAGUCGCUUUGGAAAGUACAUGGAUAUUCAAUUUGAUUUUAAGGUAUAAUUAUAGAUUUCUUUAUAACAAUUUUUCAGUACACAGCAAUAUAAGCAACCGUAUAUAUUUCUGUUACAGGGUUCUCCUAUUGGUGGACACAUCAUAAACUACCUGUUAGAAAAAUCUCGUGUUGUGCAUCAGUGCAAAGGUAUGCCAAAAGUUUUCAAUCUUGUUUGAACAGUCUUACUGUAUAUUACUUAUCUUACUGUAUAUACUGGAUUACAAACAGACUGUUUGAACGGUCUUAUAUACUGGAACUUAGUCUUAUAUGCUAGUGCGUAGUACGUAGAGCUUAGAGCUUAGUGCUUAGAACUUAGUCUUAUAUACUAGUCUUAUAUAUACUAGAACAGUCUUAUAUACUAUUGAACAGUCUUAUAUACUUAUAUAUACUACAGUCUUAUCUUACUGUAUAUACUGGAUUACAAACAGACUGUUUGAACAGUCUUACUGUAUAUUACUUAUCUUACUGUAUAUACUGGAUUACAAACCCUAACAUUCUGUAUAUUACUUAGCCUAGACAAUUUUACCUUAUUGUGAUAUUACUUUCUUAACUGUGUUUAUCCUAACCCACCCUGUCAACUUUCCCUGUGGGAGGAAACCAGAGCACCCGGAGAAAACCCACGACUUUCGGCAGAGCGUUGACUGACUCUCUAGCGAGAGUCGAACCCACGUUCUUAGAAACUGAAAGGUGCAAAAAAAAUUUCGAACCAUAUUCAUUGAAAAAAAGGGGUUCAAAAAAUUUUUCUGGACUAUUACAAUUAAAAAAGUAGUCAAAAAUAAUUUCUCCCAUCCAUGUCUACUAAAAAAUGGUUCGGAAUUUCACUAAUUCCUACUUUUCAGGGCCACCCUUUGCAAAUUUUUGGGCCUUUUAACUGAGGCUCGGGACAAUUUAACCAAUGUACUAGCAAAAAUGUUAUGGUCAUUUUUGCCGGGUGCCCCACGUCUCUGGAUACCCUCCAGUUUACGUCACUGUAUUAUUGGCACACAUGUACAGUACUGUACCUACACUGGCACAGACAGUCCGAGAUUGUACUGUACAGGGUGUAUCAAAAAAAGCGCAAUCCUCGACUGAAAUGUAAAUUGCUAAACAAAUAAUAGACGAAAACGUUAAAGUUUACAUUCAUUUUAAAGCGUAGCCAUUCAACUUUCUAACAGUGGGUUGUUUCUUAAAUUUGACUCAUUGGUUCGCGGGUAAUAAUACUUUACGUUAUUGCGAUUGGAGAUUAAAAAAUUGAGAUGGAAUAACAAAUCGUUCUCAUGAAAAUAACUGAUUUUUUCAUUAAAACAAACAAAUGUUGCAUUUUAUUAAAUGGAUUGUAACAAUAAGUAUAAUUACGGCUUUUCUUCCACUAUUUUUAACUCAGUUUGAAACUUCAAAUGCGAUAUAAUUUUGGCUUGGACCAUCUAAGCUGACUGACAUCAACUUGCUAUAAUUUCUGUUUACAUUACAUCGCAAUUCGAUGACACUCUGGCUCAGACACCAGAAUGUUUUGACGAUUUUUAGCAUUCGUUUAGGAUUUUCAAACAACCUGGUCUCUUUUAAAAUACUUUUAAUUUGUUCUUACGUGGUUUUCCAGAUGUAGUGACGACAACAUUAAAGUUUAAAGAAGAAAAUUCUAACAUUUAAACCGACUAAACAAUAACAUAGUAAACUUGCAUAAUUGAACAGCAACUAAAAAUGAUAGGUUUUACUAAAUCUUUUCCUGUGCAAUUAUUACUAGCAUUGGAGACAAGGAUAAUUGUUUGUUUGAAAGAGAAAAGAACAGGCUUUGAAGUAAGCCUAAAAGCGUUUAACUAGAAAUAGUAUUUCGAAAGUUAUUAAGCACAAAAGAUGAAUUGCGUUUAUUUUGAUACACCCUGUAUAUUGUUAAAGGUGCAUGUAUUUAUUAUUUUCAGGUGAACAAAACUUCCACAUAUUUUACCAACUUCUCCGUGGAGCUGAUGAGAGUGAAUUGGAAAGAUUACAGUUGACUCGAGAUCCUGCGAACUAUAGAUAUCUAAAUCAGGUUAGAUGUUAGUUCCUUCCCACAUUGUGACGUCAUACUGUGCAUCUAUAACUGACCAGACAACGGCAAAAUCUUAUCUAUCGUAACAUCACAAUCAUCAACUAGAGUAACAUCACAAGCAUCAUAUUCACCUGAGUACAUUGCACCAAAACAGAAAAAAUUAGUACGAUUAUUAGAUUACAUUGAUAUCGAAUGAACUACAGUCGGUUCCGAAAUGUCAUAUACUCGAACCGACCUGACCGCGUAGUUCAGUUGGCAGAGCAUUGGGCUAGUAUUCCAAAGGUCGUAGGUUCGAUUCCAACCGUGGACAGGCAUAUUUUUCAAGCUUGCCCGGCGUGGAUAUACACUCAGAGUAACAUCACAAACAUCAUAUUCACCUGAGUACAUUGCACCAAAACAGAAAAAAUUAAAAUCUUAUCUGUUUGUUAAAUAGAUGCCCCAAAUCCUAAAUUAUGUAUACCAUUUUUCUUCAAAACCAGGCUGACAUCUCUAUCAUCAAAAACCUGACGGACAAGGAAGGUUUUCAGAUCGUCAAAGAAGCGCUCAAAGUGAUCGACUUCACAAGCGAAGAACAGAAUGAUCUCUUCGCCAUUGUGGCUUCAAUUCUUCAUGUGGGAAAUAUUGAUUUUAAAACUAAUAACGGUGGCGUCGGUCUGGUUGAUACUAAGGAUGUUGAAAUCGUCACUAAGGUAUUUGGUUUUGUGAUUGCCUGAGGGUCAUUGAACGGGAAUAUUAAUAUGGUCGUGUAUUUUAUUAAAAUGUCGUGCCAAAAAUGUAAUUUGGUACCAAUAGUGUCAUUAUCGCUCGCUCCUUUUUGCCAUCCAAAAUGGUUGAGGUCAAACAAUGGACUUCCAACUAUAGACUUAAUUUUGAUCUAGGUAAGAAAACCACAUCCAUUCAUCACCACAGUCAGAAACAGCAUCUUAAAAUUAGUAAAAUUGCAAUGUUUGGUUGCGAAAUGUUGUAAAGUGGGGAAAGUAUAGCCCUACGGAAUUUGCAAAUGUUGUAUUAAUUUGUAUUACGCACGGGAAAAUGCACCACUUUCGGUCCAAAUGUGGUGUAUUUUACCUUGCUUAAUACAAAUUAAAAAGAAUUUUAAUUAUUAAAAUAGCAUUUUCCCUUGCGUAACACAAACAAAUAGAGUUGUAUUUCAAUAAGAUUCCGAUAAAUGUAUGGGCCAAUACAAAUUAAAUCUUGGAAAUCAGUUAUAAAUAUCUCAAGAGUCAGCCAUUUUCUGGGACGCCAAGCGCCCAAAGGAUCACUGGCAUGAUACUCACUCCUUAAGCCUGGUUCACACGAUGAAAUAAGCAUAAGCAUAAGCAUAAGCAAGCGGAACCUUUGAUGUGCAUAAGCAUAAACAUAAGAAGAACAAAUGUUGCGUUCUUCUUAUGCUUACAUCAAAGGUUCCGCUGCUUGUGCUUAUACUUAUUUCAUCGUGUGAACCAGGCUUUAAUGUUUAUUGUAGAUUACAUAUAUUGUGUUCCGUCUAAACAUGUUUUUGUUCGAACUUUCUUUUAUAUAGUUGCUUGGCUGUCCUGAAGAUGCCUUGGAGAAAGCUUUCAGACAUCGCUCUGUUGAUGUCAAGGGUGAGAAGGUACUGUCACGUGUUACAGUAUGCAAAAGUUCUGAAUACUGUAAGCGUAAAAUUAUACUAAGACUUACUAUCACAAGGAAAGUGCUGAAACUUGACACUCUCGAAAGAUAGAUCGGGAAAGCCCUGAGCACACAAUGGGCCACAUUAUUUUAUGUUGGUUGCGUGAUCUCCAUAUUAUAUUUAGCCGUAAGCUAUAUGUACCGGCCAAUCAAAAGACACAUAGCGGGGCUUAAAAUAACAGGAGAUAGGUCUCCAGUCAGCUUGAUUUCAGCUCGGUCAAAAUCUGUUUUUGACCGGUUAUUGAUACGCUUACACUAACAGUGAAACAAACUUUUUGAAACUUGUUUCGACACAUCAUAGUUUCAUGUUUUAAUUCAAGACGUCAGCAAUCACAUUGGAAGGCAUGAAAAUGUGGCCGGUCUAAAUGACCGGUGAUGUAAAAAAGUGACCGGUCAAACAGGUAUUUUUGGCCGGUCAUUGUCCGUUGACCGGCCGUUAUUUUGAGCCCUGCAUAGUUAUAUUAUUUUUAUUUUGUUGUUUAGGUGAAAACAUUGCUAACUCUAGAGCAAGCAGCGUAUGCGAGAGACGCUCUUUCUAAAGGUGUUUACGAAAGGUUAUUCUCUUGGCUCGUCUCACGUUUGAAUACUGCUCUCAAGAGCAAGGUGCGUAGCUUACAUACACGUAAACAUCUAACAACUUGUCAACAAGAUGUGUUCGCAACAGGCUUGUACUGUAGCAAGUUUAGCAAUAAGUUGUGACAGUGCUGUUAUUUUAUAAAGUCGCUACAAGCUUGUCACUCAUAACUUGUCAACAAGAUGUGUUCGCAACAGGCUUGUAGCAAGCUUGUCAACAAGUUGUAACAAUGCUGUUAUUUUAUCAAGUCGCUACAAGGUUGUCACUCACAACUUGUCAACAAGAUGUGUUCGCAGCAGGCUUGUAGCAAGCUUGUCAACAAGUUGUAACAAUGCUGUUAUUUUAUCAAGUCGCUGCAAGGUUGUCACUCACAACUUGUCAACAAGAUGUGUUCGCAGCAGGCUUGUAGCAAGCUUGUCAACAAGUUGUAACAAUGCUGUUAUUUUAUCAAGUUGCUGCAAGGUUGUCACUCAUAACUUGUCAGCAAGAUGUGUUCGCAGCAGGCUUGUAGCAAGCUUGUCAACAAGUUGUAACAAUGCUGUUAUUUUAUCAAGUCGCUGCAAGGUUGUCACUCACAACUUGUCAACAAGAUGUGUUCGCAACAGUCUUGUAGCAAGCUUGUCAACAAGUUGUAACAAUGCUGUUAUUUUAUCAAGUCGCUUCAAGGUUGUCACUCAUAACUUGUCAACAAGAUGUGUUCGCAGCAGGCUUGUAGCAAGCUUGUCAACAAGUUGUAACAAUGCUGUUAUUUUAUCAAGUUGCUACAAGGUUGUCACUCAUAACUUGUCAACAUGAUGUGUUCGCAACAGGCUUGUAGCAAGCUUGUCAACAAGUUGUAACAGUGCUGUUAUUUUAUCAAGUUGCUACAUGGUUGUUGACACAUUGUUGAAUUGCAGGACGAUAGCAAUUUGUUGGAACGACUUGUACAGUAACAAGUCGGUUCAACCUUGUAGCAAGUUGUCAACAAGCCGUUGACAAUUUGACAACAAGCUGGGAACAAGCAGUGUGAACACAUUCUGUUGACAAGUUGUUGAAACAGCAUUGCUCUACAAAUCUGCUGCAAGUUUGUUACAACUUGUGAUCAAAUAUCGUCUAUCGAUCGAAUAAAAAAGAUUUUAUCCCAAAGGGAGGGUUCGAGGAAUGAAAUUUCCAGAAACAAAUGGUUCGGAAUAUUUGACAAUCCACAUCUGCACUUCCAUGAUCGGGUAGUGUCAACAAUUAAUCUUAUUUAAUAUGUUGUUUUAGAAAUAUUUGGGAAAGACGUCCUUGCUUGGUAUUUUGGAUAUCUAUGGUUUUGAAAUUUUCGACGAAAAUGGGUAAUAAUAUCUACAGUGCUGUAGUACAAUACACCUCUCUCUGCUUAUUAGCUUGGUUGAAGGGUAUUGUAGAUGGAAAUUAUUGAAUAGAAAUUUAUAUACAUUUAUUAAACCAGGAACAGAAGCGAAAAAUGCAACUUUAGAUCCCCUGGCAGCCCUAUAGUAACGGUCCUGCAAACGAUCUGUGAUAUAAAGAAGCUUCUGAUCUAUAGUUAAAGGUUAACAAUGUGUUUUUUUUCUUUCUGUAGUUUUGAACAAUUUUGCAUCAACUAUUGCAACGAGAAACUCCAGCAACUGUUCAUUGAGCUGACAUUGAAAUCUGAACAAGAGGAAUAUAUGAGGGAAGGCAUUGAGGUUUGUGAUAAUUGAAAUGGAAACAUUUAUUUAAUAAUGAUUUUACAUAGUUAAAACAAGGCAACCAGCACUCACUACAAUAUGUAGACAUCCAGGAUCUCUCUGCCCUUCAUUAAGCUUGAAGUCUGAUAGCCCUCUAGUUUAUAAACUGUUGCUCUCCGCUCUUCAUUUAGCUUGAAGCCGUUACUCAAUGCUGGUAUGAAUUUGAUAUGAAUAUAACUUGUAUAGUUAAUAUUAUUUUCUAGUGGGAACCGGUUGAGUACUUCAAUAACAAGGUUAUUUGUGAUUUGAUUGAAGAAAAACACAAAGGGAUAAUUGCAGUUUUGGUAAGAUUCAUUUUAUCAAUUAAUGAUUGCAGAUUUAAAUUGCAUUUUGAGCAAAUACACUUAUAGAGGAACCUUGCAAUACUGUACAUAACGCACUCACGGGGUCUUCCUCUAGUAGUAUACAUAGCCGUGGUAAAAACUGGUUUCAACUGACGAAGCUAUCCGACAUAAAAAAAUUUGUUUAAGUAAUUUCCUGCAAUUCCGUUUGUCUUCUUGUCACAUGUUGUGCCAAGUAACAGCAGUUUUUGAUGUUAAAAUAAGGUUUAAAUUUUGCUCCUUAUACCACUAAACGUCUUUGGAUCAUAUUUUGUAGUCUUUGUUGUUCUUCGGGGAAAGAAUUUCCAACAAAUUUGCAAAACAAAAUUUUCCGCCAUCUUUCUUCUAAACCGUAAUGUUCGGACCAUUACGUAAUAUUCCAUGGUUGAGUAUACAAAUAAUGAAUGUUUAUGAGUGCAAUGGUAAGAAUAUUUUCAUGAGGUGAAAGAUGGAAUGUUCGAUUCAACGAGGCGACAGCCGAGUUGAAUGGAACAUUCCAUCUUUCACCGAAUGAAAAUAUUCUUACCAUUGCACGAAAAAACAUUCAUUAUUUCUUUUAUAUAAUACCAAAAUAGACUAAUAGAUUCGUAUGAGAAGCAUUUUGAGGGAUGCGACUUAUCGAAAACACAAAGAGUGCAAUUGUACUAUACGUUUUAUUCCAAUGCACUCGCAGAGAGUGCAAUGGAACGUCUUCCAUUGCACUCUUGGGAAAUGGAAUUUUCUAUUCAAUAUCACGUGACUAUAAACAGCCAAUUAAACGAUCUGAAUUCAAUAAGGUAUUAUAUAAUAGCCAAUCAAUUGUAAUGGUCAUUGGUUGAGUGUAAUAAAGGAUAACCUUUACUGGACCUCCAUAGAGAGGACGAUAUGAGCUAUCCAGUAUAAAUAAAGUUAGUUAAUUGAUUACGUAUAAUUAGAUUUCCUCCCGAGGCCAAUAAGAUUAUGAGCAUAAAUCAAUUGACCUUUAAAUGAAAAAAUCAAUGAAUGAAUGGAACAUUGUAGUUAAUAAUUAAUCAAUCAAGCGAUAUUUUUUUCGGUCAGCUUUUAAAACUAUUUUCUCCUCGGUAGGAUGACGAAUGCUUGAGGCCUGGUGAUGUUUCUGACAUGACAUUUUUAUCGAAAUUAAUCACGUCCAUUGGUAAACAUGAACAUUUUGUAUGGUAAGUCUGAUACACGCCUAAAAAAAUCUCACAGCUUGUCAACAAGAUAUGUUCGCACUGCUUGUUCCCAGUUGUUGACAAGUCUGGAACAAGUUGUUAUAGUGAGACGUAUAUUUGAAAAAAGUUUCAAACUUUUCUUGUUUAGCCAUGAGAUGUCAGAUUACGAAGGCAGGAAAGAAAUAGGUCGAGAGGUAAGCCAAUGUACCAAUACUACACGCUAUAUCAUUGGUUAAGACCAUUGAAUUGUAUCAGCUGAUUGGUCAAAAUUAUAGAAGUCUACAUAUUAUGCUAUAAGGGCACUGAUUUCUUGAUACAAAAUUGAUUGAUACCUGCAUGUUCUCUUGUAGUGAAUAGCCCAUUGUUUUAGUUCUUCUUGUGUCUGAUAUAUUAAUGAGAGUGGUACAGGUAGUAACAUGAGAGGAAUGUUAAAGAGAUGUUUAUGUUUAUAUCAGGAAUUCCGUUUGAAGCAUUAUGCUGGAGAUGUGACCUACAGUGUGUUAGGUAAGUUUAGCAAUUAACAGUACCGGAGGUUUUCACAGGUAUUACGGUCUCCUUUUAUAGUAACAGUGGAAUGCCUUAAUUGGACCUCUAUAAAGAGAACAGUUUUGAACUGAUAGAACAAUCCAACACAAAUAAAUUACUGUAAGUUCAGUUUAGGGUCCUUCCUGUAGUAACACUGGAUCAAUAACAAAUGAUUCGUACUGGACUUCUAGGAAGAACAGUUUAGAAUUGAUUGAGCUAUAUCCAGUAUGAAUAAAGAUAGUUUAGUUUAGGUUUCUUCCUGUAGUAACACUGGAUCAAUAACAGAUGAUUCGUACUGGACUUCUAGGAAGAACAGUUUAAAACUGAUAGAGCUAUCCAGUAUGAAUAAAGAUAGUUUAGUUUAGGUUUCUUCCUGUAUAACACUGGAUUAAUAAGAGUUGAUUCUUACUGGAUUUUUAGAACUGAUACAGCAAUCCAGUAUAUAUAAACAAACAUUUUUCAUUAUCUUUCAGGUUUUAUUGACAAGAAUAAUGAUCCUCUCUACAGAGAUUUAAAAGAGGUACUUUUUACUGACAGGUUAUACUUGAUGUAGUAAUUGCUAUGUUAAGCUGUAUCCAUGCAUCGUAUCUAGAAAGUUGUGGAGUACAACAUCUUAUUUUUUUGCUAAUUAUCAUAUUGUAUAGGCAAUGUCUCUCAGCAAGAAUAGCAUCGCAUCAAGCGCUUUCCCUCAGAGUGAAAUGGCGUGCAAGAAACGUCCUGGCACCGUAAGCAUAACACUAGAAUAAAAAGUUUAUUUCUUGGUACAGUAUAUUUAAAGUGGAUGGCAAGUCCGUAACGUAAACAAACGGUUGUUUACAUUUUGAACUGCUGUAUUUUUAAAAAUAUGAUGUACUGUCUGAAUAUCUAACACUAUUUUGGUUCGCUAUGCUUCUAAAUGAAUAUGAAAUAGAGUUUAUGUUCAGAAAAAUUCGAAACAUUCGAAGUUUGGGCAAUGUUCACGUUAGAGGGCCGGUUGAAAAGGGAGGUAUUUAAGGAAAACGUGAAAUGCACUCUACAUAUAUGCCAGCACAAGUAGUGUACAUAUAUGACCGACAAACAUGGUGUUGUGGUCACCACUCUUGCUUUUCAAGCCGGGAGACCCGGGUUCAAUGCUUGGUCGGACCUCUACUCAAGGUCUUGAGGAGAAAGUGCUACCUUUACAUUGACAUCAGGAAAUGGUUAGACUUUCGCGUCUUCUCGGAUAAGGACGUUAAAUCGUAGGUUCCUCGGAUCCCCUGUCAAUUGGGCAAUAGCCUGUUGGGAAAUCCGCUCACCAAUAAGUGAGAAACUGAAAACAUAAUGUAUUUCAAUAAAUUGAUUUUUUUCACUCUCUUUUCUAUAGGCUGCAACUCAGUUUAAAACAAGUUUGAAUAAUCUCAUGGCCAUUCUACUGUCAAAACAGCCGUCAUAUGUCCGUUGUAUUAAGCCAAAUGACUUCAAACGUCCGGGUAAGUUUGUGUGAAGCGAAAAUGGACAACACCUUGAAAACAGCAACAACAACAGCAAUAACAACAACAAUGGCAACAACAACAGCAGUAACGGCAACAACUACUGUACGACGAUAACACCAGCAACAGCAGCAGCAACAACAACAACAACGACAACGACAACGACAACAACAGGAACAACAACAGGAACAACAACAGGAACAGCAACAGGAACAACAACAGGAACAACAACAGGAACAACAACAGGAACAACAACGACAACGACAACAGCAGCAACAACAACCGCAACAGCAACAACAGCAACAACAGCAACAUACUGAUGAACAAAAACUUGCACUUAAUUAUCUUGAAAUUCCUGAAGUAGUUCGCGUUUUAUUUUUAAACAAGUUUCAUAUUUUUCAUUAAAAUUAAGAUUAAAAUUGAGGUUGAGAUUGAGUAACUGAUAUAUUACAUUUUGAUUAGCAGAGUGUAUCUAACUAUUUUGAUAUAUUCUUUCAGCUGAUUUUGACGAGAAAUUGAUUAAUCAUCAAGUGAAAUAUUUGGGAUUAAUGGAAAAUCUGAGAGUUCGACGGGCUGGUUUUGCUUAUAGAAGAAAUCAUAAAGUCUUCUUAGAAAGGUAAGUUAUCUAAGCCUGGAAUUGAUGGCUGCGUUAGCAUAGACUAAGCUUCAUUCAAUGACUAGCGUCCUCCAAUAAAUGUACAGGCAUGUUUUUCUCAGACUCUUCAAGCAUUAAAGCGUUUAACUUGUUUAUUACAGAGGAGUAUUGCAGAGAAGUUGUACUCAUUUACAUUUUCUUUUCAUUAAGAUAUAAGGCGUUGUGUCCUGAUACAUGGCCGCUUUGGCAUGGUAUGUAGAAUCUUUUUAGCCUGGCCUUUUUAUACAGGCUCUUAAUCUCACCACUGGGAGGAGAGUGGGGUGGCUCAGUACACAGUCACGCAAAAACGCACAAGUUGUACAUGUAACAAACCUGCAACAGACUUGUAAGCAAUGCUGUUUGAACAACUUGUCAGCAGGAUGUAUUCGCACUGCUUGUUCACAGCUUGUUGACAAGUUGUCAACAGCUUGACGACUUUCAUCGUUUGGGUAUAUAAGAAGCCACGAUUGCAAUUUUAGAUGUCGAAACGUUGGGUCUUGGUUACAAUUCGACUGGGCUUUGUAAUCAUUUAUUUAAACCAGAGUAGCGAGCGAAACAUGAUUGAUAUACUGUACCUGGUUGCAGUGAACGACCAUGCUUUAAGUUGCUACGAGGUUGUUGAGCUCAACAGACUUGUUACAUACAAGUUGUUCUAACAACUUGUUAUCAUCCUGCAAUUGAACAAUUUGUCAGCAAGUUGUGAGUGACAACCUUGUAGCAACUUGAGCAAAUAACAACAUUGUUACAACUUGUUCACAAGCUUGCCAUAAGUCUGUUGCGACCAUGUCUACCAAACAUCACAGGUUUAAUUUCCUCGGGUAUUCGGGUCCCAUCUGCAUGUAGUAAUUCUGCAUCACUAAGCCAUGACAGAGCUAGCCCGUGUUUAAAUAAUUUUAUUUCGUUUAUUUUAACAGGGAGUCCACAGGAUGGCGUGUUAAAGCUAUGUGAGCAUCUUGGAUACAAACCGGAUGAAUAUAAGAUGGGAAGGUAAGAGACCAAUGAUACUUCUUUUUUUUAUUUAUGAUACAGUGCUUUGGGUUCGUUUUGUCAUGGUUUUCGAUUUCCAGGGAAAGCUCUGGAAAGUUGAAACCCACGCUUUUGAGACACAUGUACAGCUUUACAUGCUCUAAUUUUUUUUUUUACCACAGGACGAAAAUCUUCAUUCGAAAUCCACAAACGUUGUUCGCCACUGAAGACCAGUUUCAGCACAAGAAACACUACUUAGGUAAGUAUUAGUGAUAAUUGUAUUUAAAUUGACAAUAUUUAACUAUUAUUUUGUGUUUCUCGACCGCCAGAUACAUUUAAAAAGUUUGCUAACUGUGUAAACUACAAAAUAAAGCUAAAACAAAGUAAUUUUGAGAGAAACGCCAAAAGGAUUUUAGGUUUUGACUUUUGAACACUUUUCAUCGCAAAUACGCGAUAUACUGGGAAAAAAACUGCAUCUUAAUACAAAUAUUCGUGAGAGAAAUGGACAUUCCCCGAGGACAAAUUGAUUCAAUUUUGGUUAAAUUUGGAUGUAAAUUGAAUGAGAAAUGAGCAAAGGUUUCUCUUACUAUGGCGGGCAGAGUAAACUGAAUACGUAAUUAGUCUAUUGUAUAAUUUAUGCAUGAUGCAUAACUUAAUUCGCUGAAGUAUGCAGUCUCGAUGUGAUCUCUAUAGUUCGUUAAAUCUUUUCUUGUGAAAUUUAUGCAAAGGGCGCGUUGUUUAUCUCUUGUAUAGCGACGGUGAUCCAGACUCGUUACCGUGGGUUCACUGCGAAGAAACGUUAUCUAAUGAUCAGAAUGGCUGUGACAGUCAUAGCUGCACAUUGGCGCAGGUUGUGUGCCCAGAAACUGAGAGAGAGAAGAAAGAGAGCUGCAACUGCCAUCAGAAAGUACGUUUAUUUGUAAAGUGAGAAGAGUAUUGAUGUUAGUGUCAUACUGACAGCAGUGACGGUUACUCUGGGAGAGGGGCGCGGCUCCUAUGCAUUACUAAAUUUUGAUCAAGGCAAAAAGAAUGAAAUCCAACACCACAGCUAGAAAGAGCAGAGCGUCUUAGAAUAAGUAAAACUGCAAAGAUUGGUUGCUAAAUGUUGUAAAAUGAAGAAAAUAUAGCCCUGUGAAGUUUCGGCUAAAAGAUGGUUAUAUUUCCCGCGCGUAAUGCAUAUAUACACAAAAUUUGGCUAUACUUUCCUGGGCUAUACUUUCCUGGGCUAUACUUUCCUCAUUUUACAACAAUUUGCAACCAAACAUUGCAAUUAUACUCAUUUUAAGAUGCUCUUUUCAGCUAUGGUAAUGGUUUCGUUCUUCUUGUCCAGAUCAAGAUUUCGUCUUAGCUGGAAUCAUCCAUUGUGAUAUUUUCUUUGCUUUAUUGUAGGUUUAUUAAAGGUUUCAUGACGCGAAAUGAACCUGCAAAUGAAGAAAAUGCUUGGGUGUGUUUUUGAACUUCUUGUUAAGAAAUACGGCAAUGUUAUAACAUUUCAGAUUAUUAUAUACCUUUCUAUACCAUGCGUUACGAUAUGAUAAGAUAUGAUGCAAGCCAAUACAUUUUAUACUAUACCUUCCUGCACCAUAAUAUAUCAUACCGUGCUGUACCAUACAUACAAACCAUACCACACUACACCAUACCAUACUAUACUAUAGUAUACUAUACGAUGCCACAACAUAACACCAUAUCAUACUAUACUGUACCACAUCUAACUAUACGAAGCAUGCCAUACCAUAUUGUACCGUACCAUACCAUACUAUACUGUACCACAUUAAACUAUACCAAGCAUACCAUAGUGUACCAUACCAUUCCAUACCAUACUGUACCAUACCAUACUGUACCAUACAUGUACCAUACCAUACCAUACCAUACCGUACCGUACCAUAAUACCAUACCAUACCAUAUACCAUACUAUACCAUACCAUACCAUACCAUACUGUACCAUACCAUACCAUACUACACCAUGCGACGCCGUACCAUCCAAUAGCAUAGCAUAGCAUAGCAUACCAUGCAUAUAACACCAUACCAUACCUUGCCUUACCAACAUACAAUUCCUAAUUUAAUUUUGUUUUCACAGUUCAUAUGUUGUACCAGAAAAUGGUAUCUUGGUGAACUGGGUAGAAACCUACCAAAGAACGUCUUGGAUAAAUCAUGGCUCGCUCCACCUCCCGCUGUCAAAGAGGUGAAUUGAGAAUAAGACUACGUUGACACUAUACCACAUAGCUUUCCGUAGCGGAGCGAGAAUGCACCCAUCCGAUUCGAAUGUACAACAACAUCGCUCUUUUGCAAUAAUUCCUCUGAAAAUAACGUUCCUAAAAAAUACAGAUAGGUGUUUGUUCACGUCGCUACGGAAAGCUAUCUGGUAUACAGUGUAAACAUAACCUAAAUACAUAGUGCAUGCAUUUCCUUGAGUGGACACGAAACAACAAGCUGAACUCUGGGCUUUGUCUAUCGAGACAAGAAAUAAAGCAUUUUAAAUUUCUUAAUGUUCAAUUCUAUUCUGUUUCAGGCGUCAGAGCUGCUUCAUGUCUUACACACGCGUACAAUGGUUAGGACAUAUGUCCAGGGUUUGUCAGCUGACAGGAAAGCCCAGGUGAGCUGUUGUGUGGAGGUGACAUUUCUCCUGUAAUUAAACUGUAAAUUAACUUAGAAAAGCAUUGGUAUACUUUUCCUGUAAGUUACAGUAGAUUGAUUGCACACUUUAAAACUGAUAGAGCUAUCUAACACAAAUAUAUUUAGUUAAAUCGUUUGGGUUUUCUGCUGUGGAAACACUGGGUCAAAAUGGGAUGACCCUUAAUGGACCUACAAGCAGAAAAAUUCUCGUAGAAACUUUUUCGGUCUCAAAAACUAGGUUAAGACCUUAUUAAAAUGUACAUAAAAAGAAUAUUUAAACCCAUCUCUAUUUAUGAAAGUGGUCCAUAAGAAAUCCAGUAAAAGAUGGUUUUGUAGAGUGUGAAUUUUUAUAUAGUUAUCAAAUUUACCAGGAGCAGUCGUGAAAUGCAACUUUAGGUCCUCUGGCAGGAAUCGAACCUGCGGCCCUGCGAUUCCGGUACAGCAUUCUAACCAACUGAACUGCAUAGGCCAGUUGUCAAGCUCUAACCAACUGAGCUGCAGAGAGACAGUUGUCAAGCUCUAACCAACUGAGCUACAGAGAGACAGUUGUCAAGCU